CUGAGAGAGUUGAAUGGGAUCCCAGUGUGAUCUGGCACAGGAGAGGAGCACAGCACAAGUCCCGGAGGAGGUUUGAGCUAAAAGCACUCUGCUGCCCGACUUUCAUCGACAAUCCUCCGUCUGUCCGGCCCGCAGAGCUGAGCCAAACGGUUCACGGUGCGUAAUUACGCACGGAGACGGCAGAUCCGCGGUGUUGCUCGCCGUGGAAACCCGCGGACAAAGGAAGGCAGGCUGGAGUACAACAACUGACUUGAGAAGAGAGGAGUACUGUUGGAAGGGAAACGGGGGGAAUCUGGAAUCGGAAGUGAUUUGUCUUUUUUUCAGAAAUGUAACUUACGUUCAGGAUUUCGGGGUAGAAUCGAAUCACUUUUUCAGGAAAAAAGGACAAAAGAGUUAAGAGUGGAAUCAGUCCCAAAAACAGCAUCCAGAUCCUCGGAGCAUGGGGGAGCAGCCCAUCUUCAGCGUUCGAGCUCAUGUCUUCCAGAUCGACCCGGCCACCAAACGCAACUGGCUUCCGGCCAGCAAACACGCCGUCACCGUGUCCUUCUUCUAUGAUGCCAGCCGCAGCGUCUACCGCAUCAUUAGCGUGGGCGGGACUAAGGCCAUUAUCAACAGCACCAUCACCCCCAACAUGACCUUCACCAAAACCUCCCAGAAGUUUGGCCAGUGGGCAGACAGCCGAGCCAACACCGUCUACGGCCUCGGCUUCUCCACAGAGCAGCAGCUGCAGCAGUUUGCAGAGCAGUUUAAGGAGGUGAAGGAGGCGGCCCGUCUGGCCAGAGAGAAAUCCCAGGAGAGGUUUGAACUUGCCAACCCUGCGCUCAACAUCGCUGCCCCACAGCUCUCCCAGGAGUUUUCAGAGGAGCGUCAUUCUCCGCCGCUGCUGACCGUCAACGGGCCGGGUGAGGAGAAGCUGUUUCGCAGUAAGAGCGCUGAUGUGGAGCUGACGGCGGAGAAGGAGAGAGUCAAGAAGAUGUUGUCAGAAGGGUCUGUGUGUGACAUAAACAUGGAGGCUGAGCUCUUUACCCUGCAGGACAGUAACGCCAAGCUGGUGGCAGCGCUGCAGGAAGCCAACAGCAGUGUGGAGCAGUGGAAGAAACAGCUGGCUGAAUACCAGGAGGAGACGGAUCGCCUCAGAGACCAGGUGGCAGAACUUGAGUCCCAGCUGGGGCAUCCUGCUACUGGUCAGACUGGUAGAGAGGAGCUGAGCCGCUCACUGGAGGAGCUGGAAGCCAUGCUGAGCGUUAAAGACCAGGAGAUUCACAAUCUACAAAGCAAGAAAACAGAUGUGGGUGAGCUAGAGAAGGAGAGAGAGGAAGCCAUGCAGAGACUCCAGGAUCUGGAGAGACGAAACACUGAGUUGGAGGAUCAGGUUCAGAGUGCUGAAAAGACGCUGGCCUCGAACCGGGAGGAGCGGGAGCAGGUGGAGGUGGAGGUCCGACAUAUCAUCGAGGUUCUGGACGUCAAAAUCUGUGACCUGAAUGACCUGAGACAGAGCCUGGCAAAACUCGUUGACAAAUAGCCACAGCAGCAGUUGGGAUGCAUCUCCACAGUCAGCGCUGGUUUCCUCCAUUUGGCCUUGAUUUGUGUUUUACUGAUGUAACAACAUCAGUAAAACACAAAUCAGCGCUUGUAAACAGCACAUACGAGAAACCUCUUAAAGGUGUGAUGUGCAGAAUAAAGCAUCUGUGCUGUAUAUUAUUGUCACGUUAAUGUUGUAACAUUGGUAUAAUUAUCAUAAACAAUUAACAGUAUGGUCUAAUUGACUACUUCUACUUCUACAGUUCUGUCUAUCAGUCUCAAAACAAACCACAGAGGAAAGAGUUUCACUUGGUUUUCAUUUCUUACACCAUCUACAAUCAGUGAAAACUAACCUGAUGGCUCACAAUGUAACAUGCAGAGAAUAGGCUGCUAAAAGCUGACAGUCUUUUCAGCAAUUGUCCCACUUGUUUUGGAUAAUUAUACCAAUGUCUCAAAAUAAAUAUUAAUAAAUAAUACACAAAGCACCUUUUAAAAGGAGAAAAAUCUAUUUAAGCUUUCUGUUUUGCAAAAGCAGACAUUUAUAACAACAACAUGGAAUUUUCCAGUUGUUUUAGCUUAUUUUUGUGUCUGUAUUUAAUACAGAGUGGGUAUUCUACCCCUCUCAGUGUAUUUCUUAACUUAUUAGGUUAAGAGGCACAAGUAGGAGUAAGACUAAAAAAGAAUCAAGAGAUAAUGGCUUCACAGUAUUUAAUAAGAGCUAGUGCUACUCCCUGUUCCUGCAGAGCAGGGGCUCUCAGUCACUCACUGAUAGAACUGCAGUCAUCAGCACUUGAGAUGGUUUAAAGAUAAGAUUUUAUGGACAAUAACAUUUUAUACCUAUACUAAAUAUCAACAUUUUACAGACAUUUGGUUUACAGAAACAACAGUGUCCAUAAAUGGUUUUUGCAGUGCGGUUUGUCGGAAGCCCUUUACACCUUAAACUAAGAGCAUGUAUAAAUAAGGCUUUUAGAUUUGUGUUUUCUCAUGAAAAUACUGUGAGUCAGUGCUAAUAAGAUAACAGAAACUAUCAAGACAUAUAAGUAAAAUGUCUGCUUUUGCAAAAUCAAAAUGUCCAUUUUGGUGUCGUCCUUGCUUAAAGACUGUGGAGAUGCACCCUGUAGGAGUUUGGUCAGGGUGAGGACAAAUGGAGGCAAAGACCCUGAAUAAAGUCGGCUACAGUUCACCAUCAGCAGCCUGGACUGGCAUCAUACCAGCCAGAACAACAACAAACUCAGAGAUGCAACAACCUGCUCCCAUUCUGUCCUCUGAGGAUCGCCAGCGUACAACGUUUUUUUUGUUCGUUUUAUGAGGACUGCUUUUUCUCACCACUUAUUCUAUUAUUCAUGUUCAUCGACAAGUUACUUGCAGUCAGUGAUGGGAAAUCAACAAUGGCUACCAGCCAAAAUACUGCUCAAUUCAAGCGGUGGCUGGUAGGUGUGUCUUCUCCACCAGCCGCUUUGACAGGUAGAUCAGCAUUUGAAGGGAAGGUCGUGAUGUGUCACUGCGGCCUGUGGACAGAGAUGCUGCUUUCCCAACCUGAUUUUGAGAUUGCACUUGAUAAUGUUUGUGCCAAGUUUUAUUUUGUUUACAUUUGUCAGUGUUCACAAAAUAACCCCCGUUCUACAUUGUAUACUUUCUCUGUGUUGCGCAACACUACCAUUUACCAUAAUAGUAAUAAUAAGCCUAAAGAGAGGCUCAGCGGAGCCGCAGAGCAUAGAUCACUAUGAGAGCACUGCAUGAGCUCUGCAGAAGCCCCGUACCUGCCAAGGAAUGGGAAGCUGUGUAUGUGUGUAUGUGUGUGAGUGUGUGUGUAUGUGUGCACAUUACUUAACAGCGUGUGACCUCAGACUGCUCGAGUUAAAAAGCACAACUGCAGUAGUUUUAGUAAAUGGGUACUUAAUUAACUUGUCUGUCAGCUUUGUAUUUGAACUUCUGAUGCACAAUAUCUAUUGAUCUUUGCUUCCGGCCCCCUGAUGAGUUAUUGAUUUCUUCAUAUGACAGUAAUAUUAGGUACAAAUAAGGUGCAGACUUUUGCAGCUGUUGAUGCAGUAACUGCCAAGAGUCAUAAUAACAUGUCAAAAUGAGAUUUAAAUAGGUCUUAAUGAAAUCUGCUCACUUAAUAAACUACCAGAUAAUUAUAUUAAGCUGAAUUUAUGACUUUUUAAGGUUUGUAAUAUUUGUAACUGAUUGUGUUUAUUACAUAACCUAUUACAGCUUGAAUUACGUUUUCUUUCUUACAAGAUUUGCAAAAGUAGCCAAAAUGAUCACAUCAGGAGCUCAACACACCUACAGUCAUAAUGGUAAUAAUAUAAUGUUAGUGUCUUAUGUAGCUAUUUGUUACAUUAAGAGGUUUUGUUAUACUUCCAGUCCAAUAAGACUGACGUUUUAUCACUUUGACAAGUUAUUACACUAUCUGGCAGUUCUGGACUCGGCUGCUACAUGCAAGCAUCUCUGAAUUAGCAAUAAAGUUUCUAGCAUAGACGCUUGUUCAUAGUUAUGUCUAGUAAUUUGUAGGUAAUGAGACCUCUGCAAAGCCUGUUUUCAUCCAUUUUAACAGAAGUGUUUUCUCUCAUUUCUUUUCUCAUGGCUACACCAGAUCAUUACAUACUCUACCAGCCUUUUAUCAAGCAUGAACAAAAUGGAGAGGCCAGCGGCUCCUCAGCAUGAGCUCCACACGGUUGAUGUCAGAAACACUUUGCGUCACAACGGCCUUAUUCCAGUGUAUAAUUACUGCACAAUAACACUGUGUUAAUGCAUAAUGAGUGUGUCUUGUAUGCACACACAGUGGUAAAGGGAGACUAUCCCUCACCUGAAACACCAGGAUUCAACUCUGAUCCCUGAGCUACUCAUGGAGAGGUUCUGCUGGGCAACAGACGAGACUGAUUUCCUUUUAAGGACCAAUUAAGCUGUAGAAAGUCACCAACUAAAGCAAAAGUAGUUUAGGUAGAUUGGAUAUACCAAAAGUUUUAAAAGCCCCUACAAUUAACUGAAUAUAUGAAGGUGGAUUCCUCUUUAAAUACACUGGAAUAAGGCCUUUUUAAAAGAUCUGUUGCUUACCACAAGAGAGAAUGGAGUACCAAAGACACACCUCUGUCAAGCUCAAGCCACAUCAACUGGAAUUAACAAGGCUUCUAUAUGAUGCUUAUCUUCAUCUCCAUCAGAUUAUCAAAGUUAAGUUUGUUGCUCACAAUUGCUCGAAUCAUUUAACCUUUCGGUAAGACUCAAAAUACCUCAAAAUACUUCAGUUAGUUCAGGUUAGUUUCACUGAAGUAUUGGUACAGAAGAAAGGAAAACUGUCAACUAGUGUUGGUCAGUUCAAGGCCACAAUUCAGAUUUUUCACAAUUAAUGAGUUUGAAGAUAGAAGGUGUUUGUAUGGGAUUUGACAAUGUGAGAUGAGUUCCUUAUAUUUGUAUAGAACUGUUUAACAUUAAAACUCAGUCAUGCAAAGUCACUGCUGUGUUCUUUGUGGGCUAGGAGGGCGAGAA